AUGAUGAGGCCGGUUACAUGUCCGCUUCUGCGGUUUUCCCCACGAUGGCAUCGAAGGACCCUCAGCACAGAGAUGCUCCAGCAGCCUCGCAAAAUCAAGGAGCGCGUCGUCAUCCUCGGCUCAGGCUGGGGAGGCUACACAGUAUCGCGCAAACUCUCGCCUAAGAAGUUUGCUCCCAUGGUCAUCUCGCCGCGAUCAUACUUUGUCUUCACGCCGCUCCUUACAAGCACAGCUGGAGGUGAUCUGGAUUUCUCGCACAUUGUCGAGCCAGUCCGAGAUCCCAAGAUCAAGGUCGACUUUUUCCAAGCUGCAGCACGAGCUCUUGACUUGGAGCGCAAGACUAUCCUGUGCGAGCCAACGGUCGUCAAGGGCGGUGUCACCGAGACCCAUACCGAAGAAGAAGGCUGCUUUAGGCAGACCAAGAAAUGGGAAAAGGGCGAGCCAUUCGAAAUCACAUACGACAAGCUCGUCAUCUCGGUCGGCGCCAUCAGUCGGACAUUCAAGACCCCCGGAGUAAAGGACAACGCCAUCUUCUUCCGAGACAUUGGCGACUCACGCCGCGUGCGACGACGGGUCCGGGAAUGCUUUGAGCUAGCCAUCUUACCCACGACUAGCCCAGAGAUGCGUCAACAUCUGCUGCACUUCGCAAUCGUCGGCGCCGGACCUACCGGCACAGAGUUAGCAGCCUCGUUGCGCGACUUUAUCAAGUCCGAUCUCGUCACAUUAUACCCAGCUUUAGAGGGUAUGCCACGGAUAUCCCUGUACGAUGUGGCGCCCAAGGUUCUGUCCACGUUCGACGAGUCAUUAUCGCGAUAUGCGAUGGAGACGAUGAAGCGCGAGGGUAUCGACGUGCGGACCUCGCAUCACAUCCAAGAUCUCCGAUGGGGAGCACCAGACGACGAGCCGCCGUACGAAAUGGACCCCAGAAGAUGCCUAACCCUAACAACGAAAGAAGAAGGGCAGGUUGGGGUUGGAAUGUGCGUGUGGGUGACGGGCAACGCGAUGAACGAGCUUAUCACUGGGUCACUGCGCGACGUCAAAUCCUUUCCAACACAGUCAGCAGUCAUGAAAGACGACAUCCCAGUCCAGGGCACACAAGGCUGGAGAUACAAAAAGGCACCACGAACCGGCGCCCUUCUCGUGGACGGCCAUCUUCGCGUCCAGCUCGAGGACUCCUCUGGAGCAACAGCAGUCCUCAACGAUGUAUUCGCCAUUGGCGACAACGCAAUGCUCGAGACCGGUGCACCUCCUGCAACUGCACAGGUAGCAGCACAAGAAGCGAAAUGGCUGGCGGUGCGCCUCAAUCACGGCGAUCUGGGCCAGACUCCCGGGUUCUCGUUCAACAAUAUGGGGACCCUCGCGUAUAUUGGAAACGCAAAGGCGCUGUUGCAAUUGCCAGAUGGUGAAAGGCAUAUUCCGCAUAAAGUGACCGGGCGCAUGGCCUGGUUGGUGUGGAACUCGGCGUAUCUGACCAUGACAAUCAGUUGGCGGAAUAAACUGAGGAUUGCAGUGCGGUGGUUAUUGAAUCGGUUGUUCGGGAGGGAUAUUUCGCGGUAUUAG